GACGUGUGGCAGGCGGCGUGUCUGUCUGGGGCUGGGAGCAGCGGCGGCGGCGGCGAGGGGAGGGUCUGCGGCUUGGCGUAGCUGCAGCAGCCGUCUCGGCCUCUCUGGGAGUGAUCGUGUGUGCGCGCCUCCAGUCUCCGCCGCUCGCCGAGCUGCUCCUGCCACCGCUGGUGAUUGUUGUUGUCGCUCUCUUCUCCCCGGCUCAGACAGCCCAGCACGGCCAGGGGUGGAGGGGCAGGAAUGUGAACGGGUUUUGUAGGGGCUGUGUGGGGGUGUGUGUGUGUGUGUGUUAGUGUGUGUGUGUGUCAGUCACCCCGCCACCACCAGCAUCCUCAUCAGCUGGAUCUAUUGUCAGGAAAGGAGGAAAUUGCAGUCAAGCAGAAGCAGCAGCAACAUCUGGGCGGUCACAUCUGGGCAUGCAACAUCGGCUUCCUCCUCCUCUUCUUCCUUCACCCGAGUGGAUCACUUUGGGGGUGGAAAUACUUCUGCAGUCAAGCCAGAGGUUCCAUCUUAUAACUGAAUAUUGAAACUGGAAGAGAGGGGGGUGGGCUGGGGAUAAAGGCUGCUUCCCCCCCUUUGGGAUUUAUUUCAUGGGGAUGUGUUCAAGACAAGAGAGGAUUCAGAAGGAUAUUGACGUUGUGAUCCAAAAGUGCAAGGCGGAGAAAGACUGCCUGUUUACAGAUUUCAGGUAUUCAGACUCUACCUUCACCUUCACCUAUAUUGGAGGCGCCAAAAGCAUAUCCUAUUCAGUACAUGUCUCGGAGGAUUAUCCAGAUAACACAUAUGUUUCCAGUUCAGAUAAUGAUGAAGAUGUGUUAGUUACAACAGAGUCAAUCCCAGUAAUUUUCCAUAGAAUCGCAACAGAAUUAAGAAAAACCAGUGAUGUUAACUGUUGCUUAUCUAUAAAAUCAAAAUUACAGAGGGAAAAUGGAGAGGACUCGAGGCACAAUAGUGCAGUUGAAGAAGAUUCUGAAGGAGAUAAUGAUUCUGAAGAGUUUUAUUAUGGGGGACAGGUUAACUACGAUGGAGAACUUCACAAGCACCCACAGCUGGAAGCUGAUUUGACCGCAGUGAGAGAGAUCUAUGGGCCUAACGCAGUAUCUCUCAGGGAAUAUGGAGCCAUUGAUGAUGUAGACAUUGAUCUGCAUAUUGAUGUUAGCUUUCUUGAUGAAGAGAUUGCUGUGGCUUGGGAUGUAAUCCGCACAGAACCUAUAAUAGUGCGAUUGCACUGUUCACUUACACAGUACUUAAAUGGUCCAGUACCUACCGUGGAUGUAUUUCAGAUCUCUACUAAGGAAAGAUUUGGGUUGGGACAUCAGCUGAAAAAAAUAAUGCAGACGUUUGUUACACAGCAGUGGAAAAAUAGCAAAGAAAAAUCAAAUUGUACGCACAAUAAAAAAGUGUCUGAGAAAAAGGUGAAAUCCCCUCUGCACAUCUUUUCUACAUUGCGCAGGUUUUCCCCUUAUUUAUUUUUAAGGUCGCCAAGUUAUCCUCCACCUGGCUGUGGUAAAAACAAAUCAAAACUGAAAUCGGAACAAGAUGGCAUCUCCAAAACUCACAAGCUGCUGCGAAGGACUUGUUCUAGCACAGUUAAGGCUGAGGAUGUGUGUGCCACAAAGUCUCACAGAACUUUUGGCCAUUCAUUGUCUAGUGAUCCCAGGGCUGAGCAGACAAUGGCUAUUAAAUCACACAAACUGUUGAAUCGUUCUUGCGCUGCAACUGUCAAGCAAGAAGAAUGCAUCACUCUAAAGCCCCAAAAACUCCUAAGCAGAUCGUGUUCUGGGGAUCCUCGAUGUGAGCACAAUAGCACCUUGAAGCCUCACAAACUUUUAAGCAGGUCUUAUUCCAGUAACCUUAGAAUGGAAGAAUUAGAUGGACUGAAGAAUCACAAGUUACUCAGCAAGUCUUACUCCAGUGCUCCUAAGUCAUCCAAAAUGGAGUUUUUCAAGGAACCCACCAUAGCAGAGGGCAGGAGGCUCUCUCUUACCUCAGGGCUUAUUGGUAUCUUAACACCAUCUUCCUCAUCACCUUCACAAGCUGCUCCGAAUUAUGGUGCAAAAUGCAUUCCAAUACGAGACAAUGGCUUUCUUGUGCAGACUAUUGAGUUUGCUGAGCAGCGGAUACCAGUGCUGAAUGAAUACUGCGUAGUUUGUGACGAACCACAUGUGUUUCAGAAUGGCCCCAUGCUGAGGCCCACAGUAUGUGAACGGGAGCUGUGUGUUUUUGCUUUCCAAACUCUAGGAGUAAUGAAUGAAGCUGCAGAUGAAAUUGCCACUGGGGCUCAGGUGGUAGAUUUAUUAGUAUCCAUGUGUCGAUCGGCACUAGAAUCACCCCGGAAAGUUGUCAUUUUUGAGCCAUAUCCUUCUGUAGUUGAUCCUAAUGACCCUCAGAUGCUGGCCUUUAAUCCAAGGAAGAAGAAUUAUGAUCGAGUCAUGAAAGCAUUGGAUAGUAUUACUUCUAUUAGAGAAAUGACACAGGCGCCAUAUUUGGAAAUAAAGAAGCAGAUGGAUAAACAGGACCCGCUUGCGCAUCCUCUUCUGCAGUGGGUUAUUUCUAGUAAUAGGUCACAUAUUGUGAAACUACCAGUGAACAGGCAACUGAAGUUUAUGCACACUCCCCAUCAGUUCCUCCUUCUCAGCAGUCCACCAGCCAAAGAAUCCAAUUUCAGAGCUGCUAAAAAUCUCUAUGGAAGUACCUUUGCAUUUCAUGGUUCACACAUUGAAAACUGGCACUCCAUCCUGAGGAAUGGCUUAGUUGUUGCUUCCAAUACAAGGCUGCAGCUCCAUGGUGCAAUGUUUGGAAUUGGGAUCUACCUUAGUCCACUGUCAAGCAUAUCAUUUGGUUACUCAGGGAUGAAUAAGAAGCAGCAGAAGGUGUCAGCUAAGGAUGAACCUGCUUCCAACAGUAAAGGCAGUAAUGCAUUACAGUCACAGAAAAAAGGACAGCAAUCCCAAUUUUUGCAAAGCCGUAAUUUAAAAUGCAUAGCCUUAUGUGAAGUGAUAACCUCACCUGAUCUGCACAAACAUGGGGAGAUAUGGGUAGUUCCCAACACUGAUCAUGUGUGUACAAGAUUCUUCUUUGUUUAUGAAGAUGGCCAAGUGGGUGAUACAAGUAUAAAUACACAAGAAACAGGCAUUCACAAAGAGAUUCUUCGAGUCAUUGGUAAUCAAACUGCUACUGGGUAAAAGGACCACUCUUAUUUAAUUCAUGUGAUUUGGAAGCCUUCCUCAGUCUCAAAGCUGGAUUUUGAACUGAAGAAGAUGUGGAAAACUAAUUUAUUAUUAUUAUUAUUAAUACUACUGCUACUACUAAACAAAUUAACCCUUUGAAUACUUCCUUUUUUCUUACUUAGUAUUUCUUAUCUCAUUGAAAUACCUGAAAUGGUAUGAAUUAGCAAUUAUAGGGGUACAAAGUCCAUUAAUAUACUACAACUAAUAGCAAUUUAAGAGACAUUUGGGUUGCUCACAAUAAACAAUUUAAAAAGGAGUUUUGUGCUGAUAUUUUUAUAUUAAACUCUUUAAUUGGACCAUUUUAGUACUGUAUACUGGUAUUUUAAAUUUAGAAUGACUGAAAUAUAAGCGAGAGAAGAUUUUAUAGCGGAGAACCUGCAUUAUACAGGACACUUUGCAAUAAGAAUAUUCACAUAUUUUAAUACACCAUAAAAAUGGUUUCUGGAACAUGUCAAAUUGAAGAGGGUGGUUACUUACAAUAUCAUAGAUUCAUUUUACUGUACGCAAAUGCAGCUAGAAUUUAGAGUAAAAAAAGUUAAAAGAAGAAAACAUUUUUGCAGUAUUCAGUUAUUGCCAAGAGAAAUAUAACUACAUUGAUGGUGUGUGUCUAGUCUUCUUCAUUCUCUUAAAAGAAACUAUACCAUUCAAUAAACAGUUAAGUUACAUUAUUUAAAAGAUGCAAGCUGAGCUGACCAGAGUUCCAGGGGCUGAGAAGUGAAUUUGUAGCGAAGCCAUUUGUAAACCAGUUUUUACAAUGACCUAUCACCCCAGUUUAGCAAGGUACUUAGGUGUUUUCAGUGGCAUUGCUCUUGUGAUUAACGUUAAGACAUGUGCUUAAGUACCUGGCUAAAUCAAGACCUAUAUAUAUUUCAGUUGAUUGUCCGAUUAGGAAGAAAUAGCAAUACCUUUCAUGUUACAAACAUGUCAGAAUGACUCUUGAGUUCCCUUUGGUGAUAUACUAUUAAUUCAUCCCUAAGGAAACAAAGCAAAUCUGUUAAAUCUUUAUGAUUUAGGAAUUACAAGUGUUAAAAAUAAAAUAGUUACCAGAGUAUGAGCAUGUUGGCAGCACACUUUAGGGGCCAGGGACCAAUCCUAAAAGGUGCUAAGCACCUCCUAUGAAGUGCUAAUUGCCCUCAGCUCUCACUGAAGUCAUCUUGCAGGAUCAUGCCCUUCCCUUUUGACAACAUUUCAGAUCCCCCUCUGUACAUCUCCACUUACUCCCUUGCAGCCUUGGAAAGGGAGAAGAUAGGCACAAAAAUUACCAUAGAAGAUCACACCUUGAGUCCUCCAGAAGUGGCCUGUGCUGUUAUUAACGUGAUGGUUAUUAGGAAUACCCCAGUGUGUGCUUGUUUCUUUAAACAGAGCAUAAGUCAUCUAAAUAAUUGCAUAAUGUAGAGAGAUAUUAGGGGUUAGAGAUUUAUUGUUGGAAGUCUUUUGUUAUUCCAAGUUACUUUGCUUCUUGCCUCAUCACUCCUGUUUCCCUGUGUCACAAAAUAAUCCUCACUCAAAAGGAUAAAAUUGAAGUUAUCUAGAAUAAAAGUAGAGUUCUCUAACGGGCCUCCUUGGAACCAGGCCAUCUCUGGAGACACCACUAAUAAUCUGUGGCACUGCAGCGCAGUUUAACAUCUUGCACCAAGGAUGAUUUCUGGAGUUGAUCCAUCUACAUGGAGCAGUUAGGUACCAUGAAGGGUCUGACUGCACAAAUGCAAGGAAAGUAGAAUUGAGGCUGGAAAUCUGGACUGACCAUUCUUCCUUAGUUCAUCCCGCUAUAUAUACGUGUAUGACUGAACUGGGAGGAGGCUGAGCUCAACAGUAUGGUGAAACAUAGAACAUGUGAUGAAAUGCUGUACCUAGGAAAACUGAGGGGAACUAUGCAGCAGGGAAGAAGUCCACAGAGGAGUCCUGCAGUGGCUAAGUGGAAUGAUGGCCCAUUAUUUCAGGGGGCCUCCUCAAAUAUGGGAUGUGCAACAAAUAGGUGGGGCCAAGAGGGGGUCAGAGCUACUCUAAGUGACAUACUUCUCCCUCCCCCCAGUUACAGCAGAUUCACAGCCUAAAUCCUGCUCUUGGGAAACAGAGAGUAACUAGAGCAGUGGGCGAAAUUCAGUGUGCAUACUGGACCUCCUGUGCCAGCCACAUAAGGAGUACCCAUAGAUGCUACAACUAUUGGGGGGAAGAGGGAACAUUUCUCCAUCUUUCAGGCAGGAUGUAACAAAAGUGUCUUUUCCUCGCCCUUUUCCCAAAAUCUCCCAAACUCCUAACUACAGGUUUAAGCCUGUGACCAAGUAAAAGCAAAGGAGGUAAAGGGACAGUAGUUCUAGUCACAGCACUGUUUCCCCCACUCUCAACGUAUGUACAUCCCAGUGUCCUCUGUCCCAGUGUGUCUCCUCUCUUUGGGUCUCAUAUCCCCAGUAGGGAGUCCUUACUGACUCUGAGAGAGCUGGACUCUUUCCAUUGCCUCCCCUGCUGGCUAAGUCUGGCACUCUCUUCUCUUCGCCUCAGGGGCUGCUUAACAACUGAUGAGCCAAUGGUAAGACUUCUCUUACUAACUGAAAGCAGAGGUGCUGCCAGGCUUAGCCAGCGGGGAAGACAAAGGAAAAAGUCCAGCUUCUCAAUUGCAGGGUACAUUCACUGAAAGUGAAGGGAAAUGUCUCCUUUCCUCAAGCCUGGAGCACGUGGCAGGAUGUAAACUUCACCUACUUACACCUCUCUCAAUAGGCACCCUCUGUUGGUGAGACCAGCCCCUAAGAGCGUGGGGACACAACCGAACAGAGGACACUGGGAAGUACAUAUGAUCUGUGGGGAAACAGUGCUGGGGGCACAAGGGGACAGAGAACACUGGGGGUACACUUACCAGGGGAUACAAAACAUUGUUGGGGGUGUGGUCAAACACUUGGGGAUGGCAUAGAACAUGGAAGGAUAACCAGGAUGUUGUAUGGGAACACAAAGCAUGAUGUGGACACCAGGGGAUCCAAAAUACUGCGAGAGGAGUACUUGAGGGACACAACGUGGAGCAUGGGAAGUUGCACAAAGCACAGGUCAACACCAAGAGGGACAGAGAAAGUGUGGGAGAUAUACACAAAUACAGUGUGGGAGAACAUAGAGCAUUGGUGGGAUACAGAGUUGCACAGAGCAUAGGAACAGACACUGGGGGGGGGCGGAGACAACACUGGUGGGGAACAGAGUAGUACAGACCAUAGGGGGAGCAGUGUGUGGAGAACACAGAGUACUGGUAGGGUGCAGAGUAGCACCGAGCUUAGGAACAGAGAGAUGGGGACUCAGCCUGGGGGAGAACAUACAGUUGGGUGAGCAGUAUGCAGAGUACUAUAUGUGUAAACAGGCACUGUCCUACAUGCAAACAAAGACACUCGUAUGAUAUAAUGUACAGUGUGGUGCUGCAGGGCAGCUUUCAGGAGGAAGGGAAUCAAAUUCAUCCCUGGAGUCAGCUCUUUACUGUCCCCAAGUUUUGGGUCCCAGCAACUUCACUGAUUCUGUCCUCCUCUCCACACCACCAGCCGAAUCAUUCUUUUUCUAGUGUCACCUAAAGGAGUCUCUCUGAGCCGCAUGGUGCACUCCUCAUUGGGAUGGGGACUGGGAUUCCUAUGGAAUCUCCUCUCAGCCCUCCAUUCACCUUCCCACUGGUGCCCUCUGCCCCUUGCAGACACCUGCGAGACUUGAGAGACUGUGCUAGUGCUGAGUGACUCCAAAGGAACCGUGGAGUUUUUCCAUUUGCUCAUUCCCAUGUGUGGGCUGUGGCACAGGAGAGGAGCAUGUGGACCUUAAAGACAGUGUGUGGUCUUGAAUUGUCAAUCUUAACCCCUUUGAUUUUGUCUUUGCAGGUCUUCCCUUCCCCCCAUUGCUUCAUUACUGUUACUGUGGUUGAACUUCUAUUUGUUUAGGUGGAUAGUAAUUUUUUUAAAGCCUCAUGCAUACAAACUAAGUGUUAACGGUAACUUUGAAAGGAGUAAGGGCCUGAUCCUGCAACGUCCUGAAAAGGUGCUGUGACUUCCUAUUGAUUUCAGUGGGACUUGAGAGCACUGACCAUAUGGCAGAAUCAAGCCCUGACAGUGUGCCGUUUCUCUUCCAAGGAUUAUUUUUCUUAUCUCUGCAAUGCGCCUAAUUCGAUAAGAAGUGCUGUUAAUUAUCCCCGAGGAAGCAAAUAAGUUCUGAAGGCUUCAUGUUCAUGAUCAGGAACCUGAGCCUGCAAUGCACUAAUCACCUCAUGAGAGCCCACAACUCCCACUGAAAUCAGUCGGCCUUGUAGGGUCCAGGUCCUGGAAGGCAGAACAAGGGGAAACCCCCACAUUAUGAAUAGUGGUAGAAUUAAAUUGAAACUCAUUUGGAAGCCCAGUAACUUAGUCUUUUUUUUUCGGACAG